AUGGUCGCUUCCACAUUGGUGCCAACAGACUCGCUGGUGGUCCAGGAUGCAGAACAGAUCGGCCUUCGCCCUGGAUGCAGAAGGUCUACGGAUUUCUUUGACCAGGUCUGCAGUAAUCCAUCGAAAGGCUCCGAAGAUGCUGCCAGUUCAGCCUCGAGCUCACUCGCACCUGGUGUCACCGCCGACCUGCUUGUAUGCGACCUACCGGAAGUCGAGCCCUUGAUUCGACCAGACCUUGACGGCAAACCAAGCGAGGGACGAGUCCGUGCCACCUACGCCGUCUCCGGCACCAUCGUACUUGACGAAGCUGCGGGGCAGCUUCAUCCGGAAGCCAAUCGAUUUCCAGAACUUGGGACCUCCCCCGCGUAUACCGACAAACCACAGGGAUCAGGUCAAGCUGCCGACCAAGGAUCUGCCAGCAGACCAGAUGCCUCCUUCCCGGGUCCUGACGAUGAUGGUUUUUGGAGACAGAGAGAAGGGCAGCACGAAUGGCACCCCACAUCAGAUGGUGUCGUCAAACAAUCUCAAGACGAACAAGAGAAUCGCGGCGUGGACGCUCAGACCGCUCACGACCCCAAGCGAGGCGCAAGUCACAAACCCGGCCAAUCAGACGCUUCUCCAUCGAGCGAAUACGAUGCUUGGUCGGCCGAGCAAGAUCAGGGCGCAUUUCUGAGCUUCAAAGAGUGGACGGAACGUCAUGCUGCGAAGGAUCCUGGCCAAGCUCGUGGACCGAAUUCGAACACAGCAAACUCGCGAGCCAAGACCGUACCACCUGCUUCAUCUGAUUCAAUCGCAGCUCCGGAGCACACACAGACACAAGCCAGGGCUUCAGACUCAAAUCACGGUCGACAUCCGCAGCAGGACUCAUUUGCUCAGACGGCAAACUCGAGCGGCACCGGCCCUAGUUCGAUUCAUUCUGCGUCGCACGCCUCGGCGUCUGGUCUGGCGGGAAGGUCUCCAACAAGCGAGCACGACGCAUCCACCAGAGCUGAAACCCACAUCGAAAGGUCGCCGGAUCCCUCAAAACCAGACAUGCCCAAGAUUUCGCAAGUGGCAUCCAGCGUGGCGGCAGGCAACACAGGCUCACAGCUCUCGAAACUCAAACACCGAUGGAACUUCGCCUCGUUGGACUGUGCUGCGGUUGUGCACAGGACGAAUCCUGAUGCAAAAUUCGCCAGCUCGAUUCUCAGCGAGAAGAAGGAUCGCUACAUGCUCUCGCCAUGUCCACAGCCCGGAGGCAAGCUCAAAGGCGGCAGCCAAUUUGUCAUUGUCGAGCUUUGCGAGGAGAUCAAGAUCGACACCAUCGUGCUUGCCAACUACGAAUUCUUCAGCAACAUGUUCAAGAAGUUCACGAUUACAGCCGCUCGCCAGCUGACUGGUAGAGAAAGCGAUUGGACGCAGCUUGGUGUCUUUCGCGCUCGCAACAUUCGAGGCCAACAAGUCUUCAGGAUUCCCUCUGCGCCUCGGUCCGAGGCCUUUUUCCGCUACGUACGCAUCGACUUUCUCGAGCAUUUCGGCAGCGAGUACUAUUGCCCUGUCAGCUUACUGCGCGUCUAUGGAAUCACUGAGAUGGAAGAGUACAAGAGGGAGUUCGAGGAACCCAGCGGAGACAUGGAUCCCAUUCCGGAGAUCGCUGGGGCCGAUCUGAAGAGCACUGAUGAUUUGCUGCGGCCUUUGCCCACUUCAGCGGACGUUGCUCCAGUCGACCUACCACAACCGGGCCAGUUCCAUUCCAUCCGGGACACUCCCGAUCUGACGGCACAAGACGAGGACAUCUGGCGCAAGCACGAGCAAGCUUUCCAACGCAAGCUACAAAACCAGAGUUCCAUCCUUUCGGCCACGGAGACUGAAGCAUCGGAGAAUCUCGUGUCGCAACACGAUAAUCUGUCUUCGCCUGCCUCGCCGCAAGUACCUGAGCAAUCUGUCAAGCAGCCCGAUCCGCGCCCGCGACCUUCGACCUACCACACAGCGGCGGGCAUCAAAGAUACGGCACAGUGCUUUCCAGAAGAAAGUCCUGGCGCUCAGAAAAGGGCAAGCGAAGUGUGUGUCGUACCUCGAGGAAGAUCAAAGCCUUCCUUUCAUUUGCAGGCUGUCCCGCAUCGUGAAGCAAACCCUGCUAACGAUCCAGCUGGCAUCGGCCAAGCUGCUAAACGCAGGAUGGCUCCAGACAGUCCGCCGAUCAAAACGGAUUCCGCGUCUCAAGCUCGAGCGGCGGCAGAUCCUGAAGCUGAUCGCAGUCGUCGCGCAAACGGCCAACGUCCUAGCGGAGCGCACUCGGGCCAGCAAGGCGGUCCCGGCAGCGAAUCGGUCUACCGCGCCAUUCACAGGCGUCUCAAUGCUCUGGAGUCCAACGCUACUUUAAGCCAUAGCUACAUCGAGCAUAGCGGGCGAAUGUUGCGGGAGGUUUUCUCGCGCAUGGAAAGACGACAAGAGAGCCGCAUGUCCGACAUGCUUCGACUUUUGAACGCCAGUAAUUGGCAACAGAUCGAGUCGCUCAAGCGAAGGCAGCACGUUGAUCUUCAACGCGCCAUCUUCGAAUUCGAUGUCCAUCGUCAGCAAGCCGACAACGAGCGCCGGGCCCUGCUUCGCGAAGUGCAGAUCUUGGCCGAAGAGGUGCUCCUCGAGAAGAGGCUUUCCAUUGCGCAGCUCGUCAUGCUGCUGGCCGUGUUCGUUUUCAUAGGCUUGACGCGAGGAUCGAGAACAGUGCCUCUGCUGCAUGCCGGCUUCACAAAGAUUGGACGCAGCUCCAAGCGGUCGGAAGGCAAAAUCGACAGCAAAUUGGUUGUUCCGGCUUCGCCAAACAGAGCCACCGCUCGAACCGACCCCAAGUCCGAUGCCGCACAGUCUCCUGCUGACCCCUCCAGAGGAGCAAUGCCGUCACAGACUCACACAGAUACAGUCACGGAAAACAAUCUGGGCGCCGCGACCCUAGCUCUGCCUCCACGACGCUAUGUCGAAGGCGGACAUCGGUCGGUGAAACCCGGAUCUUUGCCUCGCAGGCCAGGUAGCUCAAGUGUCGCCGCAAGUCCGAACACAGCUGUGCUUCGUGGUUCGAAGGGGAACGAUCCUCCUCGCCGGCGACUUAUCGAUCGCCGCGACGAGAAUCUGAUCGACAUCCUCUCGAACCCGCGAGCUGGAAGCCGCCUCAUCAUGCUACUGGAAGCUCUAGACGCAUUGAAUCGCGCAACAGAUCGUCGACGGAUUACAAGGUACUCGACGCAGCGCAAAGCAACGUAUUCUCGUCCCAAGGCGAGCAACAAGGCUUCUGCAUUGCAUCAGAGCCAAGAUUCCAGUAAAGUGGUACAGCCCGCCAUGGUCAGGGGUGCCUCACGUUCACACCGACCCAACCUCGCGACCAAGGAGGACCGCAAUCUCGCAAAUGGCCGACGUCAUGGAGCAUCUGCAAGGGUCAAGAAGGUGGACGCCUUUGGGACUGACGAUCUCGCAGGAAUGUCUUCGGACUGGACAGAGAGAUCAGAAAAUGGCGAAACUUCUGAGCACGCGGUAGAUCUUUCGGACGACGAGGAUCAUGCGAUUCGUGCAGCACGAACGGAUCAAAUCAGCCUUGAUCCUCGUGAGGAUCUCAGGGCAAACGUCAGUCCAGGUCGCAUCGCCUUUGCGCAACCACUGCAACGUGCACUGAGCAACGAUACACCGGCCCAUUCCGCACACGACGUCCUUGUCCCUUUUCCGGUGCAGACGCAGGCGGCUGCCACACCGGCUGACGAGCGAGCUGCAGCAAGGGCAACGGACCUAUCCGGCAUUGCGAAAGCAGACGGUCAUCUGUCCAGCUCGGAUUCGGAGUCGGAAGGAGGAGCGUGGCACAGGGUUUUGCCUAGACGCAUUGGACACAGCAGUAGCCUUCGGAAAGCCAGGCAGACCACCUUGGACGGCAAGACGCACAGGAACGAAGGCGAGGGCAGAGGUAGGACAAAUUCAGAAGCGUCAGACCGGCAAGCAAGUGCACGACCUUCUUCGGCUCACAUCAACCCAUUCAGGUCGGGCAAGCCAGCAUUCAACAGAUUCUUGCGAGCGAGCACACCCGAUGCAAGCCUAGACCCGCAACAGAACCGGCGAAGUGGCACUCCAGACACCAUUCGCGAUGUCAGACUCGCUUAA